GCUUUGGGAAAACCGCCAUAUGUACUUUUAAAUAUCUUUGAAUGGAAGUGGCGUUGUUGUGUAUAGUGAAUUGUAGGAGCGGUAGAAGCUUAGUGGAAAGAGUAUUAAAGUUUCCAAUUACUUUUGUGCUGUAUAUGUAACACGCUUAUGCUGUGAAACAAGUGCGUAAUAGAUUGCUGUUGAUACAUAGCUAAUAGCACGUGUGUGUAAAUAUUUGACCGGCAGUCGUGGUCUCACAGCAGUCAUGAAAUUAGUGAGGUUUUUGAUGAAGCUUAGCCAUGAAACGGUUACCAUCGAGCUCAAGAAUGGGACCCAAGUGCAUGGUACUAUUACUGGUGUCGAUGUUGCUAUGAACACUCACUUAAAGGCUGUGAAGAUGACAAUAAAAAACAGAGACCCAGUGCAGUUGGAGACACUGAGCAUACGUGGAAAUAAUAUUCGAUAUUAUAUUUUGCCAGACUCAUUACCUCUUGAAACACUGUUAAUAGAUGAUACGCCUAAAGCCAAAGCAAAAAAGAAGGAAGCUGCAAGAGGUGCCAGCAGAGGCCGAGGACGCGGCAGAGCAAGGGGACGUGGGCGUGGAAGGGGCAGAGGAAGAAGAUAAGUGUUACCAAGAAAGAAAUUGUUCUGUAUGUGUUCUGAUCAAUCUCACAGACUUGAGCAUUGUGACACUUCAGUUAGAUAUGAAUCCUUGUGUGUUUGUGCGUAGCUGUAUUCACACCAUUGGUGUGAGCCGUGUGGUUGUGUUCUUUCCUUAAUAUGCAUAAAUUUCAUUUACUGUGGAAGUUUGUAUGUCAAGCAUUUUUAUUUGUAAUAUGUAAUAAAGAUCUAUAAGGAAGUGUAA